UUUACUGAAUAUGAAGCCACAGACUCUCCACAGCAGUCAUCUGGUCGAUAUCAUGUGCGUGUUACUGUAGUUACACAAGAGCUGAAGGUGUUUUUCCCCGAGUGAACUGAGUAGUAUUGCACUAGUACUAGCAUUGUGCAAAGCUGAAUAUCAAGAAAAUUAAUUGCUAGUCGUUUAUGGAGCCAGUAGGGAAAGAUGCGAGGACUAAUCCGGCUGCCUCGGCAAAUAUAUUUUCUCAGAUACUUUUCUGUUGGCUAAAUCCUCUGUUUCGCAUUGGAUACAGACGAAGACUUGAGGAAGAUGACAUGUACAAACUACUUCCUGCAGAUGGCUCCAAGAGACUGGGGGAGGAACUUAAAUGCUAUUGGGACCAUGAAGUGGAGAUGGCAACUAAAGAACUCAGAACUCCUAAACUUACCAAAGCCAUUAUCAAGUGUUAUUGGAAGUCAUAUACCAUCUUGGGCAUAUUCACUCUUAUUGAGUUUGGAACCCCUAGACAUCACCAAACACUGGGUUUCUUCCCUGGUGGUGCUCUGGUCAGUAUUUUUGGCAGCUGUGUUCAGUUCCUGCUUGUUCUUGGGGUGUUUUGCCUACAGUGUUGCCUUCAGCAAGUGAAAUGUGAAAAGGAAGCUAUUAAGUUGGUGCAACCAGUGUUUCUGGGCAAGCUUAUUCAAUACUUUGAGAACUGUGAUCCCAAUGACAUGGAUGCACUAUAUGAGGCCUAUGGCUAUGCUGCUGGGGUGUCUCUCUCCACACUGAUCCUCGCAUUAAUGCACCAUCUUUAUUUCUUCCAUGUCCAGAGAGCUGGCAUGAAAUUUCGCAUUGCCAUGUGUCACAUGAUUUACAAGAAGGCAUUGUACCUUAAUAGUGUCGCUAUGGGAAAGACCACCACAGGACAGACUGUCAACCUUUUAUCUAAUGACGUCCACAAAUUUGAUGAGGUGACAAUUUUCUUGCACUUCCUGUGGGUGGUGCCACUGCAAGCUGCAGCUGUUGUUGGCCUUCUGUGGCAGGAGAUUGGACCUUCGUGCUUGGCGGGUAUGGCAGUGCUCAUUUUUCUGCUGCCACUACAAUCCCUGUUUGGGAAACUUUUCUCUAAAUUCAGGAAUAAGACAGCAGUCCUUACUGACAGCAGAAUACGCACAAUGAAUGAGGUGGUGUCUGGUAUACGAAUUAUUAAGAUGUAUGCAUGGGAAAAGCCAUUUGCAGCAUUGAUCAACGACAUCAGAAAGAAAGAAAUUUCUAAAAUCAUGAGCAGCUCCUACCUGCGUGGUCUGAACAUGGCCUCCUUCUUUGCUGCAAGCAAAAUCAUUGAAUUUGUGACAUUCACCGUGUAUGUGUUGGUGGGAAACACCAUCACAGCCAGCCGUGUGUUUAUGGCUGUGUCGCUGUACACUUCCGUCCGCCUCACCGUCACACUCUUCUUCCCCGCUGCCAUUGAAAAAGUGUCUGAGGCCAGCAUCAGCAUCCGUAGGAUCAAGAAGUUCCUUUUGUUGGAUGAAUUGGUUAAACACAAUGUGGCAGUUCCUCAAGAGGAGAAGAAGGAAGUGUCUGUGGAAAUCCAGGAUCUCAUUUGCUACUGGGAGAAGAGUCAGGAUGUUCCAACACUGCAAAACAUAUCCUUCCGUGUGAAGAUGGGCCAGCUCCUUGCUGUUGUUGGCCCUGUUGGCUCUGGAAAGUCUUCUCUGCUUAGCGCCAUUCUGGGAGAGCUGCCACAGGACAAAGGCAUAGUGAAGGUCACUGGGAAUCUGACCUAUGCAUCCCAGCAGCCCUGGGUGUAUCCAGGUACCAUCCGCAGCAACAUCCUGUUUGGAAAGGAACUACAGCCACAAAGAUAUGAAAAAGUUCUGAAGGCCUGUGCUCUUAAGAAGGACAUGGAGUUACUCCCCGAGGGAGAUCUGACUGUGAUUGGGGACAGAGGGGCUACUCUCAGUGGAGGUCAGAAGGCUCGAGUAAACCUGGCCAGGGCUGUGUAUCAAGAUGCUGAUAUUUACCUGUUGGAUGACCCCCUAAGUGCAGUUGAUGCAGAAGUGGGGCGACAUCUAUUUGAUCACUGUAUCUGUGGCAUUCUAAAGAAGAAACCAAGGAUCCUGGUGACUCACCAGCUGCAGUACCUGAGGGAAGCUGAUCAUAUACUGGUUUUGAAAGAGGGUCACAUUGUGGUACAGGGCACAUACACAGAACUUCUGCAUUCAGGAGUGGACUUUACAUCUCUGUUAAAGAAGGAUGAGGAGGAAGAGCAGACUGGGACCAUAGAGUCUUCUCGCAGCCGAACCCUUUCACAGAACUCUGUUCGCUCUGGGACCUCAUCAGUAGUGUCCGAUAAAGAUGAAGUACAUCAGCUGCCUGCAGAAUCUGUUCCAACUAUGUCAGAUGAGAGUCGCUCUGAGGGUAACAUAGGGGUCCGCAUGUAUCUGAAAUAUUUAACUGCUGGAGUCAACGCACUCGUGCUGCUUAUCCUUGUUCUGCUCAACCUGCUUGCACAGACAUCCUAUAUUCUUCAAGACUGGUGGCUUGCAUACUGGGCUACAGAACAGGAGAAGCUGCAUGUGCUAAACCAAAACCUUACCUUCAGCAAUAACAUCAGCCUUAAUCAGAAUGUUACUCAACAGCUCUCUAAUGAAUUCUACCUGGGCAUUUAUUCAGGUUUAACAGUGGCCACUCUUCUGUUUGGCUUCACACGCAGUUUGAUGAUGUUUAAUGCUUUAGUGUGCUCUGCCCAGACGCUACACAAUCGCAUGUUCAAUUGUAUCAUCAGGACCCCUGUCCGCUUCUUUGACAUUAACCCUAUAGGAAGAAUCCUCAAUCGGUUCUCAAAGGACAUUGGUCACAUAGACUCCAUGUUGCCCUGGACAUUUGUAGACUUUAUCCAAGUGUUUUUGCAAAUCGUAGGUGUCAUUGCUGUGGCUACUUCAGUCAUCCCAUGGAUUCUGAUCCCUGUGCUGCCCCUCCUUAUAGUCUUCCUCUUUUUACGGCGCUACUUCCUACAGACCUCACGUGAUAUCAAGCGACUUGAAGCCACUACUCGGAGCCCUGUAUUUUCUCACUUAUCAUCCACACUACAAGGCCUAAGUACUAUUCGUGCCUUCAAGGCUGAGGAAAGAUUCCAGCAAACCUUUGAUUCCCAUCAAGACCUGCACUCAGAGGCCUGUUUCUUAUUCCUGACCACUUCACGCUGGUUUGCUGUGCGUCUGGAUGGAAUGUGUUCCGUGUUUGUCACCAUUACUGCCUUUGGAUGCCUUCUGCUGAGAAACAGUUUGGAGGCAGGUACUGUUGGCUUAGCCUUGUCCUAUGCUGUAACCCUGAUGGGCAUGUUCCAGUGGGGUGUGAGACAGAGUGCUGAAGUUGAGAAUCUGAUGACCUCGGUAGAAAGGGUGGUGGAAUACACAGAGCUGGAGAAUGAAGCAGCAUGGGAAACACGGAAGCCUCCUCCAGAAUGGCCAAGCCAGGGAUUGAUUACUUUUGACCAGGUCAACUUCUCCUACAGUUCCAAUGGGCCUCUGGUACUGAAAAACUUAACAGCAAUGUUCAGACCCAAAGAGAAGGUUGGCAUCGUGGGUAGGACAGGUGCAGGAAAGAGUUCUCUGAUCUCUGCACUGUUCCGCCUGGCAGAGCCACAAGGAAAGAUCUACGUGGAUGGAGUGUUAAUUUCUGAUAUUGGCCUCCAUGACCUUCGCCAGAAGAUAUCUAUAAUCCCACAAGAUCCAGUGUUAUUCACUGGGACCAUGAGAAAGAAUCUAGACCCCUUCAAGAAGUACUCAGAUGAGGAUCUAUGGAACGCUUUAGAGGAGGUUCAGCUGAAAUCUGUGGUGGAGGAGUUGCCCGGUAAGCUAGAGACCAUUCUGGCUGAAUCUGGGUCUAACUUCAGUGUUGGUCAGCGGCAGCUUGUGUGUCUUGCCAGGGCCAUCCUGAGGAAGAACCGAAUCCUUAUUAUUGACGAAGCAACAGCUAACGUAGACCCCAGAACAGAUGACCUCAUUCAGAAGACCAUUCGGGAGAAGUUCCAGGAGUGCACUGUCCUAACCAUUGCCCACAGACUCAACACAAUCAUAGACAGUGACCGAAUACUGGUUCUUGAUGGGGGCCGCAUACAUGAAUAUGAUGAACCCCAUGUGCUGCUCCAGAACAAGGAUGGAAUCUUCUACAAGAUGGUGCAACAGACAGGAAAAGCAGAGGCAGCCUCAUUAAUACAGCUGGCAAAACAGGCAUAUAUGAACUGCCGUCAGCCAAAUUUGGCCAAUGGCCUGACCUCCAGCAAAGAAGCUAACCUGGUUAUCUUUGAGACUGCUCUUUGAGAUCUUAGUGCAACUAUGUUUGGAGGCCUCCUGCAGCUAGUCCACCACAUCUUUGGAAGACUCAGAUGAUUUCUGACAAAUGUACAUAAUUUAUGUAUAUGUAUUCACCCCCUGUAAUUUUUUUCUCUUUUUGAUGUUGUGCAACAUCAAAUUUAAUUAGAUUGGAAUGGUAUUUUUUCUGCUAAUUUUGAAGUGACUCUCUAAAGAAAUAAAUUAGGACUAGUAUUUAAUUUUCAAGAAAUCACACUAAAUAUGUUAAACAGGGUACACCUGUGUUAAUUUUAUAUCCACAUGUGUUCAUCUAUAUACUUGCACAGUAAAUAUCACUGACUUUGGGAAGUCUCAAAGCUAAAAUGGCAGAUUCAGUCAGUCCUGCUGUCAAGCCUUGAUGCUUUGAGAUUGACACACUGCUAUGUUCUUCUUGAAUAUCACAUUCAAAAACCAUUGGCUGCUUUAACAGCUUCCACUUCUCAGGGAAGAGUGUAAUAUGUCUCUGGGGAUUUGUACCCAUUCAGGAAUAAGAGCAUUAAUGAGGUCGGGCACUGAUGUCUGGGGUGAAGGCCUGGCAUGCUGUCCAUGUUCCAGUUAAUAACUAAGGUGUUCACUGCAGUUGAGAACAGGGCUCUGUGCAGGCUAGUUGAGUUUGGCAAACUUGGCAAACCAUGUCUUUAUAAACUUCACUUUGUGCACAGGGGCAACCUAAUUGACUGUGUUGGUAAUGAGUUCAUCAGUGCCUUAUAACCAGUAUACUGGCCAUAUAAUGAAUGGGAGGGAGCUCUAUCAGACUAUAUAUGUUGGCUAUUCUUAGAGGAAUAUGAUGUCUUCUUUCUCAUCUACACCACACACACUGCAUAUCUUAAUCAUUGGUCCUUUAGCCAGGCUGAAUGGAGCAAAGAACUCCCAAUGUAUGGGAAUUCAGUGUACACUGUGUUCAGCUGUAUUGUGAAAUUUCUCUAUAGGACAUGUGCUGCAGUACUGCUCAGGAAGUAAAUAACUUACCAUUUGUUCUAUAAUGGAUUCCUUUAAUGCAAAGUCUUUAAAGACACCACAGAAGAUACGAUAAAAGAAUAAAUAUUCUCUAUAUAUAUAUCUAGGCAGUAAUGCUAAACAAAAAUCAGAAUAUUGAGAUAUUUUCCAGCAUCAGUGAUAGCCAUCCAUACUUAAGGUUUAAUAAUUAUUAAAGAGAAAAAUAUUUUAUAAAUGGAAAAUGUCUUGUCUGUGCAUUAAACUUGUAAAUCUG